UAUGUAAUGAUUACGUAAAGGUUUGUUGUAAACAAAGGAAUUUGUUUUGUUUAUUUGAGUUUUUUUCUGUUGAGUUUGUGUAGGCAACACUGUUUCCGUCCUAUCUCUCUCUAAUCUCUAUCUCUCAUAUCAGUAGCUCAGGGAUGUGUUUUGGUUAUAAAAAUUAGUUUUUAAUAGAUUUUCUUUUCGGCCUUUUUGUUAAAUUAUGAGCAAAUUUACAACUCCUCGGGUUUAAUUUCCACCUCGUUGAUCCUUCGUGGCGAGCCGGGUCCGUGGUAAUUGGCUAUAAGGUGAAACAUGCCUCUUCUAGGUUGAACCAGUCGAAACCGAUUUGAAAGGCGACAACGGGCAAAUAAUACGUUCUAGGAUCGUCUGCUGGUAAGAGAUCUCGGCCGAAUAACAACUGGACGAAAUAACUGAAGAUGGCGGGCAGAGAAAACCUCAAGAACGACGAAGAUCACAGCGUCGAGUCACUCGCUGAAGUCUUCAGAUGUUUCAUUUGCAUGGAAAAACUGCGAGAUGCGCACCUUUGCCCACACUGCUCAAAACUCUGCUGUUAUAUGUGUAUAAGGAGAUGGCUGACGGAGCAGAGGUCACAGUGCCCACACUGUCGUGCCUCUCUCCACCUGCACGAGCUCGUCAACUGCCGAUGGGUCGAGGACGUAACCCAGCAGCUUGACACAUUGCAGGCUGCUGGUAGCAACUCGGCCAGGGGCGAUAGCUGUGAUCGUGAUCGUUGUACUGUACAUGAGGAAAAACUUUCAGUUUACUGUUGGACUUGUCGAAGAUGUAUCUGCCACCAAUGUGCAUUAUGGGGUGGAACCCAUUCUGGGCAUACGUUCAAGCCUCUAGAGGAAGUUUAUGAGCAGCACACUACUCAAAUUAAGGACGAGAUUGCACAAUUGAGAAGGCGAUUGAUGGAACUCCUAAGUUUAGUCCAAGAUGUGGAGAGAAAUGUUGAAGUGGUCAGAAAUGCGAAAGAUGAACGUGUCAGGGAAAUAAGAAAUGCUGUUGAGCUGAUGAUUGCUCGUCUUGAUGCUCAACUAAAGACGAAACUUGUAACUUUGAUGAGUCACAAAACUGCUCUGACAGCAGAAACAGAACAUGUCGAGUCGUUAUUGCACGAGGUUGAACACAGCCUUCAGUCACGAACAAGAUCAGAGUUGAUAUCAAGUUCUGCAGAGCUAUCAAGGAUGAUUCAUCAGAUCAGAAAGAAGCCCAUGUCAAAUUUCAUAAUACCUACAGUACCUGCUGAUUUUUUCAGGUAUAGUCUAAAUACGCUUUUGUCUAUACAGAUGCAUAACGGUAUGCGUUGUUGUAGUGAAAUUGUGCCCAGUUACGAUUCAAGCACGUUUGUCAUGCAACAAUUCACACAACUGCAACACAAGGCGGAUCCGGUAUAUUCAUCACCUCUCCACGUCAACGGUCUAUGCUGGAGGUUGAAGGUUUACCCAGAUGGCAACGGAGUUGUCAGAGGCAACUACCUUUCUGUGUUCCUCGAGCUGACCGCAGGACUACCAGACUCAUCGAAAUAUGAGUACAGAGUUGAAAUGGUCCACCAGGGGACACGGAACACAAACAAAAACAUCGUCAGAGAAUUCGCAUCGGACUUUGAGGUCGGAGAGUGCUGGGGAUACAACAGAUUCUUCAGGAUCGACUUGUUGGCAAGCGAAGGUUAUUUAAAUACUGAAAACGACACACUUAUUCUCAGAUUUCAAGUCAGGCCUCCAACAUUUUUUCAAAAAUGUAGAGAUCAACAGUGGUAUAUUGGUCAGCUAGAACGAAGACAGUCUCAAUAUAGUGAAGAAAUUGCUAGUCUAAAACAGAAACUUGGAACUGCAACAUGUUUCAUGAUGGACAAGGCGAGAUGCGUCAACUCGAUGAAUGACGUUACAACUCAGGAUGUCCAGAACAUCCCGCCAGCCUCGCCAGUCUCUAACAACUCUAGGUCUAAUGAUCGUGUAGUAACAAACGAACCAACCAAUGUGGCACCUGUACAGGGCAGCAUGAGCAGCACGACGGUAAAUUCGACUGUUUCCGGUAGUGGCAAAAGUGUCAACGGGAGCAAAAGGAUUCACCUGAAUUCUGCACCAUCAAGCACAACUGACCUACAGUCACCAACCCUCACUAUAAAUUUAUCUGACAGUGAUGAUAGUGAUUGCGAUCCUUUUGAUGGAUGUGAUGUGCAAGCUUUGAAUCGUCUUCACAGCAAUGAUGAGAGCAACAGCAAUGACGAGAACGAUAUUGACGACGAAACUGCCUCAGGUGACAAUGAUAUUGAAUUAUCUAUGGCACAAAGGCUGUUUGAAAGGGAUAGAUCUGAUAACAGUAUUGGAGAUAUAGCUUUGCAAAGCUUGGAGGAUGAAAUAAUGCUCAUGCGCAUAUUCGACAUGCAAGACCCACAUAGUUUUUUCCUCCAUGAUUCCUCGCACUAUUCGCCAAUCACAUCCCCUCCAGGUUCUUCAAGAGCUCACAGGGAAUCUUCAGCUACCGCAAGUGCAGUGAAUACGGAAGCGAACGGGAAUUCACAAAACGUAGCGGCAAGGCUGGAUGACCUGCCAGGAAAUCCUUCCUUCGAACAUUUGCUGUCUCCCCAAGGUUUAAGCUUGUUGAGGUCACAGAGAAGGCCGACACCGAGCACUCCGGCAAACACCCCACAAGCUUCAACCCAGUCACCAACUUCUUUCACCCACUUGCGGGAAAAUUUAGAACAUUUCCUACGCUCGAUCAAAAUUGGGGAUGCUCUUCGUAACGGGACCGAGAAAGAGAAAGCGGAAAAGGAAUUCCCAGUCCGUUUCAAAAGUGACAACUCUGAUGGGAAAGGUUCGAGCUCAGGCUCUGUGUAAACCUCCACAACUGGCCGACGUUUUCAACUUUUAUUUACUUCCUUCGCUAAUAGUUCCUUAGAAUUGUCCUCGAAUAUUUUUCUUUCAUUGUUUUGUCUUUUUAAAUUAUACGUAAUUUUUAUAAUCGAUUCAAUCCCUGAAAAAGAGAGAGUGAUAGAGAUUGAGAGGGAAAUAAUUUAAAAAAAAGUUUCUAUGGUACUAACAGUAUUAACACGAAUUAAUUGUCAUAUCAGAACAGUAUUGUCUUACCUAUAAUGGCGGAGUACUUAUCAUCUCCACCUAAUGACAAUAAAUUACUUAAAAAAAAAA